AGAUAUAUAGUUAAAAUGCAUGGCGUGUAAUACGAGUACAUUGUUACACAAUUAUACCUCAAAUGUGGGGACUACGUAGCCGUCCGAGCGCAAUGACAGCGGUAUUAUUACCAUUAGCUCGGUGGUCUAUAAUGGUCGAUGACAGCUCGACAGUAUCGGCUUACUAAAUUUUAUGUGUGGACUGUCGUGAAUAUAAAUGUCGUUUGUGAAAGGUAUUUACACCAUAAGGUCUUUAGAUAUUAACCAAAAUUUGAUUACUUAAUUGAUAUUUUGUUGGUCAUUCUAUUCUUUCGACGCGGAGGCAGAGCAAGUUAGCUAGAUCAGGAUUGGUCAUAAUACACUUGUGUUGUGGGGAUGCAUAUGUUAAACUGCUUCGAACCAGUUUCCUGUCAUACAUAAUGCAUUGCGUAAUUACUGAGUAAUCCUAUAUAUGUCAAGAUGCGUAAUUAUUACUUAUUAUUAGGAUCAUGUGAUGUGCCGUAAAUACGUUUGUGCCGAUAUGAAAAUGGAGAAUGCCCUUAUUGGUUGUUGUAUUAUUCCCCAAGGACUGUAUGCGCGAGCGUUUACUCUGCUUGUAUGGAGCUGCGUACGAUGAUUCCAUGUGUCCUUAGAGAGGAGGUCGGAAGAUGCCAGGUCUGAGCUGCUGUGAGAUGGCCUUGGAAAACGUGAGGAGCUCCCACGAUCCCCGUCCUCCAGGCCCUAUCCACCUUUCCUUAGCUGCGAGUCCUCGAGGGGCUCCGGAGUGUCGCAGGAAGAAAAACCCAGCAACAAAUAAAUGGUUGCGGAUACAGGCAAAAAGAGCGGUACUGGAGAAGAGUGGCGUCCUGCAGAAGAAAAAACAAGCGAAGGACAAACCCAGAGACCGGGGGGGCUUGGGCUCCGUCGCGUUAUCCCCGGACCCUGGGAUCUGGGGGGACUUUUCAUUCCCCCCACGGACCGAGGUUCCAUCUGACAUCUUGUCGGUGGCUGGCAGCCCUGCAUGGCACCUGUCAGGAACGUCCAAAGCUGGGACGAUGUCCUCCGUUGGUGAGCGCUGGGAGACGGACAGCGGGGUCUCCUCGGCAGCCAGCCCCCCCGUCAGCGGCCGUAACUCCCCCUGCCCCUGCGCGAAUCCAGCCAAGGUGGUCGCCAUAGACUGCGAGAUGGUGGGCACUGGCCCAGGCGGUCGCUUCAGUGAGGUGGCCCGUUGCAGUACAGUGAACUACCAUGGGGAGGUGCUGUACGACAAAUACAUCCAGCCGCUGAGGCCGGUCGUGAACUACCGGACUCGCUGGAGCGGUAUCUCCCAGCAGCACCUGGUCAACGCGGUGCCCUUUGACAGGGCGCAACGGGAGAUCCUUCAGCUGCUGAAGGGGAAGGUCGUCGUCGGUCACGCCCUGCACAAUGACUUCCGAGCCUUGGGAUUCGUUCCUCCGCGGCACCUGAUCAGGGACACGAGCCGCUCACGUGAGCUCAGGCGGUUGUGUGACUUUCCGCUCCGGGGCAGCGUCUCCUUGAAAAACCUGGCCAAGACCCUACUACACAGAAAAAUUCAGACCAGCAGGCAGGGUCACUGCUCCGUGGAGGACGCCAUCGCAGCCAUGGACCUCUACAAGCUCGUAGAGACGCAGUGGGAGCAGAAUGUGCUGGACGCGAGUCCGAGUUUGGACACGGACUCCCUUUCUGAAGCGGCAUCGACCGCUAGUCACUACAUGCAGGACCAGUAUUGGCCUGAAGAGAUUUCAAAUGACUGCAAGUAAGGGGGGUGGCAACAGGACACCCACUCUGGGUGGGGGAUUUGCUGCGUGCUGGUUUAACCCAACGCGAACCGGUUCGAUUUCACCAAUGAGAAGUGGGUUAAAGCCUCUGGUGAUUGGCAGCAGUAAAUAAUAACCCCUCCCACUGCGGGGUACCAGUGUCUCAGUAGUCCUCAACGGAAGCUGCUAUAGAUGAGAUCUGAGCUUUAGUGAGAAUGAUGUACUGUAGUUCUGAGUCCUCACACUAGAGGGCAGUCUCUAACCUCAGCAGGCGCAGGUUCAUUGUGGUCUUGCUUUAUCUGCACAUGUAUGUAUUCCCAGGAUGCACACUGUUUAGAGAAGGAAUGACUGAUUGAAAAGAUCAAGAAUGAGAACUGAAUGCAUCAUAUUGCAUCUCCUUGCUCAUACAGAAGAUCUGUAAUCCGUUGUCCAGUUUUCCACUUAUCGUAAAUUCUGGUUUUUAUAACCACUGGUUUGGCAAAGUUAAUCGAAUCUUUAAGGAAAUAUAAUUCAUUGGCGCAAAUGUAAUAAUUUUAGGUUGUUUAAUGCAGCAAUGAAAGAGUUUCAUCUUAAAUUAUGUCCGGUUGUAAUGGAUAGUCUGGGACUCAGUUACUUGUCUGUAUACUGUGUAUAUGGUUCUCGGAGUACACAACAUGCACUUCGCUGAAUUUCUGUCACGCUGAAAGUCUGUUCAUCUUUCUCCGUGGCUGAACUUCCUUCCAGAACUUUUGGACUUUAAGUUGUUGUUAAAAAUCUAACUUAAUAAAAAAUAAUGAUAACUGGCAUUAAAAUUGAUGUGAACUCCA